AUGGGAUUCCUUCUUGCUGCCAAUGGACUUCUAGUCCUGUAUGUCUCAGUUCAAUCGAGUUGUGCUGACUAUGCUGGUAAAGUUGAAAGAAAUCUCCCCAAGGGUGGUUCUAGAAAUCCAGCUGUAAUAUGUCAGUAUCUCACGUGCGACAAUGUAGAAGAUAUUGCUGGGUUGGCCUCUGACUUGUAUGGAUCCUGUGCUGAACCUUCUUGUGCAGCACUCUUUGUAGCAUCAAUAUCCUCCUUUAUGCUUCAUCUUCACGGCUAUGUCCAAUCUACUGAUGAUCAGCUCCAUGGGAAUCUUACUCUGCUUGAUAACCACACUUUUUGCAACUGA